AUGGGACAACAUCAUGGAGCCUCUUUAAGCUGUAGUGAUUGUCGAUCAUCACCUCACCGUGUACCCAAUAACUUUUUGCUUUGGGGCACGUACAUGGGUGUAUUUGCAAAUUCAUAUUUUAUCGAUUGGCACAGAAUUAGUAUUCCGAGUGAGAGUAUGCCUUCGGUUGGACAAAUACCAUCAUCAGUCCCGAAGAGUUCAUUUGGAAGAAUUAAAGAAUUGGCUUCUUUUGCCUUUUCAUCACAUUCAUCUGUUGUACAUUACAGCAAUGAAACGAUAAACUUUGAUGGAGGCGUCACUAUUGCUUCGGAGAUAGAAAGCCCAAUAUUAUCAUGUCCAAUUGUAAAAAUAAUAGCAAGUGGAAGCAACAUCCUCUUUAUGGAUGCAAAGAAACGAUUAUUUAUCUACUCAACGACCAUGUAUGAGACUCAACAAUUCAAAAUUGAGAGAUUUGAUCUGGGUGAAAAUAUUCGAAAAUAUGGUAAACGAAUUACAUUAACAACAGAAUUGAAUAACAUGAUCAACACACAACUUGUCACCAUUAGUGGAUCACACAAUUGUAUUUUAUUCUAUUUUCAAAAUGGAUCUAUUAUUUGCCUCUCACAACAUGAUAUUAAUUGGGAAAUUUUGUUAAUUGAUUACUUUAAGGAACAUGGGAGAGAAAUUGUGCUCACUUCAGAUGGCUGUGUUGGAUCAUGUUCAUAUAUUCUUUCAAGAAAAGUUUUACUGUAUGAAAAUCCAUCUGAAGAUUCCUUUACAGAAGAUUAUGAAAUUACAGCCAUCACUCACAUGGGUAGCUUAGCAAGGGUAGAGAAAGGAGAGCUGGACGGGCAAUUGCAUAACAUUAAAAUGAUGAGAUGUGGCACUUGUUUAGCAAUUGUUACUCACAAUAAUAAGCUCUACUUUCAAAACUUAAUGCUUCUUGCCAAUGCAUCCAUCUACACGAUUGGAGUAGAUAUCGCUCGUCAUUACGGUAGCCGUGACUUUGUUCGAGUGGUAACACCGAUUGAGCUGCCAAGUAUUAUCCAUGGACAGGACGUCUUGCAAAUUGCAUGCUGCUCCAGAAAUUCCAUCAUUAUGACCAAGGAUUAUAUUUUGUCCCUUGGUGAUUUAUCACAUCAUAAAGACAAUACUCGUCGUUACAUUGAUCCUCACACUGAGUAUUGUUGGACCAUCACUAAAAACAAAUAUGGAGUGAAUAGACUGUUAGCGUUGGGUUGGAGCGUCCUUGCCUAUGAAGACUAUAAGGGCUUUCGGUACGAUGACGAAUUUAAACGGGCAUUGCAUUCUCUAACAACCAAACCAACAGCACUGUUGAAUUAUGAGGAAGUACACAUUACCACAAAUUUGUGUGAUAUUUGUGUUGAAUGUAUUUCGUGA